AUGAACAGGGAAAGGUACUUAACUGAGAUUGGGCAAUCGACGGGCAGCGAGCCAAACGACGGGGCUGGCUGCGGGCUUCCUCCGGGAAGGCUACGGAUGGGCGUGGGUGAGGGGGAGGGGAUGGGAACAACUAAGAACCCCCGUGGGUGAGGGGGGAUGGGAACGACUAAAUGUCACGACUGAGAAUGAGCUACUGGCGUAAACAACUUAUAUAAGGUAGGUUAUGCAAAUGCCCUCAUUAGCAUUUGCCAAGCUGUCCCUGGGGCCCCCUAUUCUGAUAACAAAUACAACAACUCAGCUCGUUAUUAAUAUCAUUUAUUUCAUAAAUCCAAUUAACAAGCUCGCUUCGAUCGUAACUGGCAAAUCUGAUAAUUGACUUGGCGGUUUGUGGUACCACUGAAGAGGAAGUUCGGUCGAAGCCAUGACCGUGGGUCGAGAGUUUGCGUUUAGUCAUGGCCACGUUCACAAAUUAGGUAUCGACGACUUGGUGACGUAUUUACAUUUAAUUUAAUUAACCUAGCUGUUCUCGAGUGCCGAGAACAACACCUCUCCAGGGCACCACUCCAGCAACGCUGGAGAGAGGGAUUCGAGGCACUCGAACCCUCCUCCAAAACGGUUCGAAUUAGGCCAGCACGGCAGCUAUUGAUGUUAGCACGGGCGAUGGAGUCCGAAUGUAAAGAAGGUACGCGUUGCUCGACCAACGACCCAAUGUCUUAAUUAAGUGAUCCGGGAUGCCCGUAGACGCUGCUGCUGUCGCCGCGCCAAUCCUAAAAGUGUGACUAGAGUAAGGUACCACGUAUUCUCAAGUUGGAUAAAAUCGCACGGAGCCAACAGUUGACCACCACCGGUGUUAGCGGAGAACCAUCGGUAACACGAACAGUGACCCGGGAGCGUUGCCUCGAACCUGAAGGUAACGGCGAACCGCAGAUACGGCGCAGAUGCGCUUUCCCGACGCACCGAUGGAGAGAGACACGCCUCGGCGGAACGGGUCCGGUUUUGACGUCUUGAUGAAGAGGUGCAUGACGUAUCAAAGGACACGCCUGAAAUCGACAGGACCUGUAGUCGUGACCAACUUGCCCCCCAGAGAUGCGCAGCUACAACGAUAGGCAGAAGCUCCAUAAACGCGAUGGAUUGUGGGGAAGACAGAAACGACCAGGAACCGAAACACCAAUGGGAACGCCACAUUGCUCCAAAACCGAUGGACCCUGCUGCGUCAGACGCGCCGAACAAGUCGGUAAGCUGGGAUACGCCAGGCGACAAGAAGAAGCUGAUGCCAUUCCAAUCACGAAAGAAAGCGAGCCACCAGUGGACAUCCCGACGAAAAUCGACGUUAAGGCGAAUUGGGUGCGAGCGAUUGCGAAAAUGAGCCAGAAGAUCAAUCAUACGGCGCAAAAACGUUUGUCCAGGACGGACAACUUUGCACGCGUGGUGGAGGUGGCCAGUCAAGGACUCUAAUUCCUGACGGUGACAAGUACGCUUGUUGGACCAAGACUGGAGGAGUGACAUGGAACGGUUGAAUUUUUCGGCUGGCAACCUAGCAAUGUGAGUGACCGAGUCAAGCACAAUACCCAAGAACACUAAGCAGGUUGCGGGGCCCUCGAAUUCUCAUGGUUAAGAGGGAGACCCAAGUGGUUGAAGACGGUAACGAAGAGUCGAUGUGGGCUUGGCACACGUGGGAGACGACGGGGGACCCAAAGUUAAAAAAUCAUGGAGGUAGUGGAACAACGGGUGAACGUGGUAGUUGUUGAAAGAAUCCAAUGAACAACGGACGCCACCGCAUCAAAAAGGAAUUGAGGAGACCUGAGGCCAAAAGGUAGCACCAAGUCCACAUAGAAAGAGUCUCGCCAGUACAUGCCUAACAGAU